AUGUUCACUAUGCAGAAUGGUCGAUCGCUGUUGUCUUCCAUUUUCGCUCGAGGCAAGCAUUUGCCAAGCUGCUUCGAACGAAAUCCUCAAUUCAUUGUUUUUGAUUAUAUUUCUUUCUUCCUUUCUAAAUUUGUAUUUGUUUCAUUUUCCUUGAUUAACAUUUCUUUCUUUCUUGCUUUCUUUCUUUCUAUACAUCCUUCUUUCUUCUUUCCUUUCUUUCUUUCUUUCUUUCUUUCUUUCUUUCUUUCUUUCUUUCUUUCCAUACAUCCUUCUUUCUUCUUUCCUUUCUUUCUUUCUUUCUUUCUUUCUUUCUUUCCAUAUAUCUUUCUUUCUUCUUUCAUUUCUUUCUUUCUUUCUUUCUUUCUUUCUUUCUUUCUUUCCAUACAUCCUUCUUUCUUCUUUCCUUUCUUUCUUUCUUUCUUUUUCAUUUUCUUUCUUUUCUUUCUUUAUCUUUCUUUCUUUCUUUCUUUCGUUUUCUUUCUUUUUUCUUUCUUUCUUUUUUCUUUCUUUUUCUUUCUUUUUUCUUCUUUCUUUCUUUCUUUUUCCUUUCUUUCUUUCUUUCUUUCUUUCCAUUAUUUCUUUCUUUCUUUCUUUCUUCUUUCAUUUCUUUCUUUCUUUCUUUCUUUCUUUCUUUCUUUCUUUCUUUCUUUUAAAAUCUUCAAUAUUUCUUUACCUGUACUUUUACUUUCCUUUUUUUUCUUUUCUAUUGUCCUGCUAUUUAUUCGUUUUAUUUAUUUAUUCCUUCCUCCCCUACUUCCUUCCUUCAUUUCUUCCUUCCUUUCUUUCCUUCCUUUCUUUCCUUCCUUCCCUUCUUUUUCCUCCAUUCAUUCCUUCUUUCCCUCUUUCCUUCCUUCUUUCCCUUCUUUCCUUCCUUCCUUCCUUCCUUCUUUCCUUCCUUCUUUUCUUCAUUCUUUCCUUCCUUCCUUCCUUUCUUCUUUCUUUCGCUUCUUUCCUUCUCUUCUUUCUUUCUUCCUUCCUCCCUUUAUUCAUUCUUUUCUUGCCUCCUUCCUUCCUUUUUUCAUUCUUUCGUUCGUUUGUUCCUUCCUUCCCUCCUUCUUCCUUCCUUCCUUCCUUCUCUUCUUCCUUCCUUUCUUCCUUCCUUCCUUCCUUCCUUUCUUCAUUCUUUCCUUGCUUCCUUCCUUCCUUUUUCAUUCUUUCCUUCCUUCAUUCUUUCCUUCCUUCCUUUCUUCAUUCUUUCCUUCCUUCAUUCUUUCCUUCCUUCCUUUCUUCAUUCUUUCCUUGCUCCCUUCCUUUUUCAUUCUUUCCUUCCUUCCUUUCUUCAUUCUUUCCUUCCUUCCCUCAUCUUUUCCCCCCUUUCUUCAUUCUUUCCUUCCUUCAUUCUUUCCUUCCUUCCUUUCUUCUUUCCUUCUCUUAUCAUUCCUUCAUUGA